UUGGGUUCUCCUUCAAUGCCCGCUUUGGGCAAAGUUGGGCAGAGUCCAGGGCGCCGGUCAACCAGGAAAGGACGGCGAAGUUCUUGGAAAGAGCGGCGGGACGAGAAGAUCCGGACUGCUUUGGGUGCCGCCCGGUGCGCGACCUCUCCCUGCCUCCCUCCCUUUUCCCGAGGAAAGUGUCCCAGCGGGAGAGGGGACUCCCAGGGAAAGCCGUGCUCGGCGAAGGCGGCUCCGGUGUCAGUCAGGCGGAGCCUCCCUCCUCCUCCUCCUCCUCCUCUUCCCUCCCUCCCUCCCUCCCUCUUUCCCCCGCUCAGCCUCCUCCUGGCGUCUCCUCCGCUCAAGAAGAGGAGGAAGAGGAGGAAGAGGAGGAGGAGAGCGUCCUCUGCUUGCCUGCCUGCCUGCUGCUUGCCUGGCUGCCCGGCGGUGCGCGGGGGAUGCGCCAGGAGGGCAAGGACUGGGGCUGAGGGCUCCCCUUGGCCAUCCUCUCCUCUCUCCCGGCCAGCCUUCCUCAAGGGACAGGAGGAGGCAGAGGGCGGCGCCGGCUCGCCCUCCCAUGUGCCCGCAGCAGCAGCAGCAGCAGCAGCAGCAGGGAACUUUCAGGCUGGCUCCGGAGAGGGCGGACGCGCCUCUCGCCUCCCGCUGCCUGCCAUGGGCGCCCGUCCUCCUCCUCCGCCGCCGCCUCUUCCUCCGCCUCUCGCCGCCCUGCUCCUGGCCGCCGCCUGCUGCUGGGGCUGCUGCUGCUCCUCCGGAGAUCCUGCUUUGGGAGAUCUGGAGGAAUACAGUCUUGUCAUCCCAAUCAGCACUAACUCCGAGGGCCGGUUCCUCUCCAAGGUGGUGUCCGGGGCUUCAAAGCAGCGCUUCCGAAGGGACACCACUGCUGGGGACCCUGCUGCCGGCAGCCAGCACAUUUUCUACAAUGUCACCGUUUUCGGACAAGAAUUCCACUUUCGGCUGAGGCCCAACCGCAGGCUGGUGGCUCCGGGGGCCACGGUGGAGUGGCAAGGUGAAGACUCCAACCUGACCUCUGUGGAGCCGCUCCGUGGGGAUUGCCUCUACGUGGGGGAUAUCACCGACUUGCCUAAUGCCUCUGUUGCCAUAAGUAAUUGUGAUGGGCUGGCUGGCAUGAUUCGCACCGACAAGGACGAGUUUUUCAUUGAACCUCUGCAGAAAGGGAAGCAAGAGGAGGAGGAAGGUAGGACGCAUGUGGUGUACCGCAGGGCAGCUGCCAAGAAAACACUUCCCAGUGAGCACCCAGACAUCCAGUAUAGAGAAACUGAUCUAAGCAAUUUAGACAGCAUGGUGAACGUAUUGAAAGAUGAGAUCGAUACUUCACGAAGGAGAAGGAGAUACCCAAGGCAUGCAGCUGAUGAUGAUUACAACAUUGAAGUGCUCUUAGGCGUUGAUGACUCAGUUGUACAAUUCCAUGGGAAAGAACACGUUCAGAAAUAUCUUCUGACCCUCAUGAAUAUUGUUAAUGAAAUCUAUCAUGACGAGUCCUUAGGUGCCCAUAUUAAUGUUGUGUUGGUGAGAAUCAUCAUGUUGAGCUACGGGAAAUCCAUGAGUUUAAUUGAGAUCGGUAACCCUUCUCAGAGUUUAGAGAACGUAUGUCGCUGGGCCUACCUACAACAGAAGCCUGACACCGGACAUGCAGAAUAUCAUGAUCAUGCCAUUUUCCUCACAAGGCAGGAUUUUGGCCCUUCUGGCAUGCAAGGCUAUGCUCCCGUUACUGGCAUGUGCCACCCAGUCCGAAGUUGCACACUUAAUCAUGAAGAUGGCUUCUCCUCAGCGUUUGUUGUAGCCCAUGAGACUGGACAUGUAUUAGGCAUGGAGCAUGAUGGUCAAGGCAACAGAUGUGGGGAUGAGGUCCGGAUGGGAAGCAUCAUGGCUCCCCUUGUCCAGGCGGCUUUCCAUCGCUUUCACUGGUCUCGAUGUAGCCAACAGGAACUGAAUCGCUACUUGCAUUCAUAUGAUUGUUUACGUGAUGAUCCAUUUGACCACGACUGGCCUUCCCUUCCUCAGCUGCCAGGAAUCCACUACUCCAUGAACGAACAGUGCCGCUUCGAUUUUGGUCUGGGCUACAUGAUGUGCACAGCUUUCCGCACCUUUGAUCCUUGCAAACAACUAUGGUGUAGCCACCCAGAUAACCCUUAUUUCUGCAAAACAAAGAAAGGACCUCCAUUAGACGGAACCAUGUGUGCUCCAGGAAAGCAUUGUUUUAAAGGUCACUGUAUCUGGUUAACUCCAGAUAUCUUGAAGCAAGAUGGAAACUGGGGGGCAUGGAGUAAAUUUGGUUCCUGUUCACGAACCUGUGGAACGGGAGUGAAGUAUAGGACCCGGCAGUGUGAUAAUCCACACCCAGCCAAUGGAGGCCGCACAUGUUUUGGCCCAAGCUAUGAAUUCCAGCUGUGUAGCACACAAGAUUGUCCUAAAGAUUUUGAAGAUUUCAGAGAGGAGCAGUGCAAGCAGUGGGAUCCUUAUUUCGAAUAUCAAAAUAUGAAGCACCACUGGCUUCCAUAUGAGCAUAAUGACGCUAAAGAGAGAUGCCACCUGUAUUGUGAGUCCAAGGAAACAAACGAUAUUGUGUAUAUGAAGCGGCUUGUACAUGAUGGAACUCGGUGUUCAUAUAAAGAUUCUCAUAGUAUAUGUGUGCGAGGGGAGUGCCUGAAAGUUGGUUGUGAUAAGGUAAUAGGAUCCACAAAGCAAGAAGACAAGUGUGGUGUGUGUGGUGGAGACAACACCCAUUGCAAAGUGGUGAAAGGAACCUUCUCCAGAGCACCAAAGAAACAAGGUUACAUUAAGAUGUUUGAAAUCCCAGCUGGUGCAAGGCACUUGCUUAUACAAGAAUCUGAUGCCACUGUUCAUAAUCUUGCUAUCAAAAACAAGGAAACAGGGAAAUUUAUUUUAAAUGAAGACAACUAUGUGCCAGACUCCAAAGUGUUUGUCAACAUGGGUGUGGAGUGGGAUUAUCGGAAUGAUGAUGAUAGAGAAAUGGUGCAAACUAUGGGCCCUUUACGCAAUGGGAUCAUCGUUCUGGCAAUUCCUCAUGGUAAUAUCAAGAUUUCACUGACGUACAAGUAUAUGAUCCAUGAAGACUCCUUGAAUGUUGAUAACAACAACGUUUUAGAAGACUCUGUAACAUAUGAGUGGGCUUUGAAAAAAUGGUCUCAGUGCUCAAAACCCUGUGGAGGAGGUCAUCAAUUUACAAAGUAUGGUUGCCGGAGGAAGACUGACCACAAGAUGGUUCAUCGCAGUUACUGUGACGCUAUCCAGAAACCGAAGCCCAUUCGCAGGGUGUGCAAUCUCCAGGAAUGUUCCCAGCCCAUAUGGGUUACAGGUGACUGGGAACCAUGCAGCAAAACCUGUGGGAAAACGGGAAUUCAGGUGCGUUCUGUCCGGUGCAUCCAACCUCUGCAUGAUAACACAAACCGCUCUGUUCAUACCAAAUACUGCAGCAGUGAUCGCCCAGAGGGUCGGAGGGCUUGCAAUCGGGAGCUUUGCCCGGCACAAUGGCGAAUAGGACCCUGGUCACAGUGUUCCGUAACUUGUGGUAAUGGUACACAAGACAGGCAAGUACUAUGCAGAACAAGAGAAAAUCUCAUUGGCCUUUGUAGAGAAGAAAAGCCAGAGACAACAAGAUUAUGCAAACUACCUUUAUGUCCUAAAAAUUCAUCGGAUACCUCAAAGAAGACUUACAUGAUACAGUGGCUGUCAAGACCGGACCCAGAUUAUCCUAUCCAGAAAAUAUCUUCAAAAGAACAUUGCCAAGGAGACAAGUCAAUGUUUUGUCGCAUGGAAGUUCUAUAUCGGUACUGUGCAAUUCCUGGUUACAAUAAACUGUGUUGUAAGUCUUGUAAUUUGUAUGGUAACAACACAGGAAAUGGAAACUCCACAGAAUCCAAUCAUAGUAAAGUGAAUGAUAUUGAAGAGGAGACCACUCUUACAACACUUGUUGAUGUUCAUAUCUCACACACAACUUCAGGCCCAACCAUUGUUCCUAAAGCAAACAUCACCAGUUCCAAUACAACGGUAGAUCAGCCGGAAGGUAACGCGGUGGACGUUCCAUAUAAAAUUCAUGGACUGGAAAAUGAAGUACCACACCACAACAUCAUCUUGAGGAGGAAACCGCCUUAUGAAAGGACAAAGAACCAAAGAAUUCAGGAGUUGAUUGCCGAAAAACGGAAAAAAGAGAUGCUCAGGAAAUUACUUUAAAAUGAAAAUAUUCCCCAUGUUUUUUCUCUCUUAUAGAGAUGUUCCCCAUACCGCAGUACUGCCUAUGUUACCAUAGAGACUAAAGAUAAAUAGUGGUGCUAUGGCAGAAAUGCCAAAUGCUAUUACCUUCAGUACAUGGAAAUUUAAGAUUAUUUAAUUAAGGUUAAUAUAAAUAUUGUAAUAAUGGCUAGGAUUACAGGUUGCUGCAGAAACUAGUGCAAUAUCCUUACAGAUUUCACUGCUCCAACCUAGCCAAGGUCAGCAGGGCUCUGACUUUGUGUGGUCUCUGUUGCUCCCUCUGUGUAUUUUCUAGAAUCCAAUGGGAUGUUAUUGCAGCACCCUCAACGUAUUUGACAAGAGGUUUUAAUAGCUGGCUCUAAAAGCCUCAGUAAUGUUCAGAGGCCUGUCUUGUAGCCAGUCAAACCUCAGCUUCAAGGAAGGAGAUUUUGUUUCUUCAAACACUUAGGUCUGCUUAUGCUUAGUUGGCUAACAAAUCUGAUUGAUUGGAAUCUAUUUCAAAGUCAGUGUGCCAGAAUCCAGUGUGCCAAUUGCACCUGGCUUUUCCACUGAAUUCAAUGGUGCUAUUCCCAUACUCAGGAAGCAACAAGGAGUACCACUGCAAGAUCAAGGUGAGAAUUAAGACCCUGUUUCAGGAAUCAAGCAUAAUGGUUUGUGCUUUCUGUUAACCACUUGAAAAGCAAAGUAGGUAGGAACUUCUGCUGCUUACUGUACAAAAUCCAGCUGGGAAGGGCCAAUUCUUCUAGUGGUGUAAGAGAGGAACACCCCUUAUGCUGAUAAAUAUAAUUCACAUCAAAAUACUUUUAAUUUUCUCAUUUAUUCAGAAGAAAAGGUUUACACGCUAUUGCUGAAGGUUUUUCCACAGUGAAAGGCAUCAUUAUACCUGCUUUCUUUUUCUCACACUUUAGAGACCAACACUGCCAUAACAUUCAUGUAUCCAUUAGACCCAUCAGUGUCAGGGAGACAAACUACUUGCUAAACUUUAGCACUUAAUUUUGAAAUAGAAUCCUCUAUAUCCAUAAACAUUUUAACCAUCAAAUAUGUGUGCCUUCAUUCCUACCAAUAAGAAAAUAUUAAUAUUAUUCUUGAAAAAAAAUAUUUGAAAUUAAAUGUAAUAUACUAACUCACUGGAUGGGCUGCCCAAAUGAUCCGUAAUUUAGUUUUAUGUGUAUUUCCAACUAUCUGCAUUUCAUUAUAAAUGUUUCCAGUGCAAUUAUGCAGAUCAUUUACUCCAACUUUUACAGAUAUUCUGAUUCAUUUACAUAACUGGAUUUCUAGUUUUCUUUCAGUUGGUGCUUUUCUGUGACAAAGAUAUAUGGUUUUUGUUUUAUUGCAAUAUCUACAGUGUAAUGUUUUUCAUUGUGGCAGUGAACAACUUGUACCAUCAAGAAUUAAUUAGAACAGUUGUACUGUAGCAGGAGCAAACACAUGUCAUUAUGCAUAUAUAUAUGUAUACAAAAUACUGAAUCUGUUUAGAUCUUAGAAUGUAUAAUUUGACAGCCCUUUGAGUACUGGUUUCAUCUCGUACAGCACUUUUGGAAAGCAUGCAGGCACAUCACAGUUUAUUGCUGCUCACUUUGUUCAAAGACAAAUGCACAGGCAGUUACUAAACAUAUUAGUUUAUUAGUAAGCCACACCAAUUGGGUACUCCAGUACUCAGUUGGGUUUAGGAAUCCAGCUUCAGAUUGAUUACAUAAAUGUUACUUUAAAAGGUUCUUUUGGAUUAAAAUUUAAAAUCAUCCAUUUUUAAAAAAUAAAGCAAUUACGAACAAAAAUGAAUGAGAUUCAUAAGUACCUCUGCAGUUUUAAUGAAAUAUUGGCUUGGGACAAAUCAUUAACAACAGGCAUGGACUUUCAAUCUGACUAAUAGGAUAGGCUCCAUGUAGAUUGAAAAACUUCCUAACAUCUUUGUGCAUGGAUUUACUUCGUUAUAGAAAAGGAAGGCGGGACAUUCUUGUGAUCAUUCCACCUGGUUUAUCUACGGUACAAUUACUCUGCUGAACCUGCAAGGUUCUUGAUGCUGUCCUUGCUUUCCAUACUAGUAUAGAAUCAUAGAGUUGGGCGAGACCUUGUGGGCCAUCCAGUCCAACCCCCUGCCAAGAAGCAGGAAAAUUGUAUUCAAAGCACCCCUGACAGAUGGCCACCCAAGCUCUUUUUAAAAGCCUCCAAAGAAGUAUCCUCUAUCACACUCCGGGGCAGAGAGUCCCACUGCUGAACAGCUCUCACUGUUAGGAAGUUCUUCCUAAUAUUCAGGUAGUAGAAUCUCCCUUCCUGAAGUUUGAAGCCGUUGUUCCGCGUCCUAGUCUCCAGGUCAGCAGAAAACAAACUUGCUCCCUCCUCCCUAUGACUUCCCCUCACAUAUUUAAACAUGACCAUCAUGACUCAUCUCAGCCUUCUCUUCUGCAGGCUAAACAUGCCCAGCUCUUUAAGCCGCUCCUCAUAGGGCUUGUUCUCCAGACCCUUGAUCAUUUUAGUUGCCCUCUCUGGACACAUUCCACCUUGUCAAUAUCUCUUUUGAACUGUAGUGCCCAGAAUUGGACACAGUAUUCCAGGUGUGGUCUGACCAAGGCAGAAUAGAGGGGUAGCAUGACUUCCCUGGAUCUAGAUACUAGACUCCUAUUUAUGCAGGGCAAAAUCCCAUUGGCUUUUUUAGCUGCCACAUCACAUUGUUGGCUCAUGUUUAACUUGUCCACGAAGACUCCAAGAUCUUUUUCACAUGUACUGCUAUUGAGCCAGGCAUCCCCCAUUCUGUAUCUUUGCAUUUCAUUUUUUCUGCCUAAGUAGGGUAUCUUGCAUUUGUCCCUGCUGAAUUUCAUUUGUUAGAGUCCCAAAUUUUCUGUGCCUCUUGGUAUGAAAGGACUAAUUUGGUAGUUUGCAAGUUGAUAAUAUCAGUUUCUUAACUAAGAGCCAAUGAGAGAAAUAACCAUCAGAGUGUAUCCAGACAUAUCACACACACACACACGCAAGCACACACUUGCAUAUAUCUGAUGAAGACCAAAUUUUGCAUUGCUAAUAACUUGUAUAUCCUUGGAAGGGAGCAAAAUGCAGUCUGUGGCUUGUACGUAUGCCCCCUUGGCCAUUUCUGUUGACCAAGGUAUGCCCGGGAGUAAAGAAAAUGCCCUUAAGGGCACUUUUCUGCCAUAGGAGCAUUUUUGCCACAUUUGGGGCAAAGGGCUAGAGCCAUAUUAGGCUCACAAAAAGCCUUUUCUUUAAAAAUGAAGCUUUAACAAAAAGAGUGCCUUUUGUGAGCCUAAAAGCAUGGCGAAAAUGCUUCCCCAAAGCCCCAGAGGGCAGUUAGGCCAAAAAGGGUGGUGCUUGUAGUGCAGGGUGUGUAAGUGUGCAGCUCCCCAAGGUAUUUUAGGGAGCUAAUGCAGUUCCCUGGCCUCGCACAGUUGGCCACUCCUGUUACACAAGUAUAUGAUUAACUCCAUUUCUAAUUAAUCUGACUUCCUCUUUAGACAUUUACACAUCAUGCCCUUGUUUGUGAUAUAGCAUAUCUGAGAGAUACCUGCUGGCAUUUUUGAGGGUGAUUUUUGUUCUUUGUCCCCAAUUCCCACCAAAGAAUGCUCAUCUUUAAUAAUCUUGUUAUCUUUGGGCACUUUUCUCUUCAUCCCCCUUUUAAAAAAAAAGUGCAGUUCAGAAAUUAUCUUCCAUCACUAUGUAAGUAGCAUAUUCAUCUGAAAUGUGUGGAAAAAGAAUUGUGAAAACAGAUUACUAUCUUGAAAAUACAGAAUGAUACUAAUUACAUUUUGGCUAAUUAGGCAUGACACAUUUUUGAGGGAAGACACGUGUCUAUAAAACACGGGAAACAUAGCUUUCAGCUUACUCUUGGUUAGUUGUAUUCUGCUCAAGUCUGCAAUAUGUUCAUGAUUCAUGAAAGGUGUUCUGACAGAAGUUAGGAGCUUUUUAAUUUAACACUAAUAGAGCCAACAGAGUAUUUGAUAACAAUAUUCUCAAGUAACUUCAUUAAGAUCUCAAUAAAUGUAUGCAUUCAUUUUAAUAAACGGAGAAAAGUUACUUCUAUCCCACCCACAUUGUAGAACAGAGCUUAUAAAAGAUAAUUUCACAAGUCCCUGGGCCUCAUCCCUCCCUUACAUCUUGAUUUCCUUGUCUUGUAAAUUGGUUUUUAAAAUCUACCAGGCCUUGAUAAUAGUUUGAAAUGCACAAAUUCUGUUAGGAUUUCCUUGGGGGUAUGCAAGCUUUUCCUUACAGGUUACUGACCAUCAUUAACUGAGGAGUGGGAGAGCAGAAUUAUUGUUAUCUCCAUUACAAUUGUUAAACAAAUUCAGCAGCCAUGGUUUGCUAAUGAAUUUGUUUGUUCAAUUUUUCCAGUAGGUACAAAAAAGGACAUCUUAUUGUUUCCUUGAUGAAACAAAGGUCGUCUUCUUUUUCAGUCCUUCCUCAACUCUCCAUCUGCUCUAUUUUCUGGAUCAGCAGAUAAUCAUCUUGGCAAACAAAAUUCUUUGUCUCUGACUUGUCUACUAGGCACUUUUCAUGGAAAGGUUGGCUCCUGUGGAUGUUUUCCAUACACCAGACGGUUUACAGUUUAUGGAAAGAACAACUAGUUUUGCAGUUUGUGUAUCUAAUCAGGAGUACCAGAAGCAAGGAGGGCAAUGGAGGCAAUGGGGGCAGGGGGAAGGAGAAGGACAGGGAAGGACAGGCGGUAGCUGACUAGAACAAACUAACAAAUCCCAUACAAAUUUUCUUGAUUUUGUGUGUGUGUGUGUGUGUGUGUGCUGAUUCUUAUUUUUCUAAGAAUCUUUACAUAAGAGUUCAGAUAGUUAUGAGUAUUAUUCUCCAAAAUGGAAGCAACUUGCUUAUUUGUUACAUUGUGAAAUAUCAAGCUAGUAUUUUGGCUACCUAAUACUUUCUUUUGAAUGGGCUAUUUAUGCCUGUGGCCGAAUGUGAGAACUUUGUAAUUUCAGAGGAAGCUGUCUGGUUUUUGCCACAGUUAUCAGAAAUGGAGUAAAAAUUUAAACCUGAUAGCUUGUUCCCGAAAACAAAUGGAGGGAGGAAUUACUCAACAGUGUCUCUCCCUUUUAACUGGGAGAGAGCAAGCAAAAUCACUGAAGAGUCUUGUGGCAUCCUAAGGGCUAAAACGGAAUCAUCAAAUAGUAAUCUUAUCUGAUCAUAGCUGAAUGGAGUGGUACUAUUACUUCUCUUGAUUAAGAUACCAUUCUCCUAUUGAUGCAGUCUAGAAUCACAUUCACUUUUUUAGCUGCCACAUCACACUCUUGACUCAUGCUCAAUUUGUGGUCUACUAAGAUUCCUAGAUCCCUUUCUUCACAUGCAUUGUUGUCAAGCCAGGGGUCACUCAUUCUAUAUCCCUCCCUCCCUCCCUUAUUUAAAGAAGAAGUCAGAUUGAUCAGAAAUUAAGUUUUUCUUUCUUACUUUCCUUUCCUUUCCUUCCCUCCCUCUCUUUCUUUCUUUCUUUCUUUCUUUCUUUCUUUCUUUCUUUCUUUCUUUCUUUCUUUCUUUCUUUCUUUCUUUCUUUCUUUCUUUCUUAUAGCAUAAUAAAUAAUACUUUGUAUUACAGCACUUGGCUUUGUGGCAAGUGAUAAUGCUUAUUUCCAUAUUGUGAAUAAAUUUGGUGGCCAAUAUCUGCAGUUUAAGAUGCAGUUCAAGGCCAGUUUGGUAGUCCAGGGUAACUUCUGAAUUAGCUGGAAAUCUUUCACCCAGUUGCCCCAGUAAGCACAUUUUGUUCAAAUUACAACAGUCUACUAUAUUGUCUCUGUAGCAACAUGGAAAGGGAAAGCAUUGCUCUGCUACCACAUUUUUAUUCCAUAAGGACAAUAGCUCUCGUGAUAUUUUGUGUUCAAGCAUUUAAAAAUUAUGCUCAUUAUUUUAUCUACUAAGUUGACAUCACCACAUCAAAUACAUUUAUAACUAUGUGAAAGAUUUUGUUCUAAAAAUAUGGUGGGGAAAUGUUUUGGCAAUUUGAAAAAAAUGGACCCAGAUUAUGUGGUGGUGGGUGGACAUGACCAGAGAAGAAGACAGUAUGUAUAGGAUUUUAAGCUCCCUUUCCAGUACCAUGCAAAUGCCCAAUAGUUGUGGGAACAGACCCUUAGAAAAAAAAUUUGGUUUAAAAUAUGUCAAAAUGGUGCUUACCCAGUACUCAAAGGGUUUUUGUGAUUUACUUUUAUUAUAUAAUGCAUUUACUACUUUUAUUUACUCAUCUACACUGCACAGUAUUUGCUCUGUUCAUAUGGCACAGCCUUCACUUACAAUGCAUAUGCCUUAUUGUCAGCUACAUAGCCAUGGGUUGUAUAUUAAAAUGUAUAUACAAAUCAGAAUCUUUAAUUUUAUAAGUUAUUAAAAUCCCGAUGUCUGGGUUCUUUUGCAAA